AGUUUAGACCACCUUGUCUUCUAUGUCUGGUAGCAUAAGUAGACUACUCUUAGCGAAGAAGCGUUCGCUUUUUUCCCCCGAAUAUAAACGAGCCACAUCAGAUAGCUUUAAGUAGGCUACAUAGAGGUACAUCCUAUAGUCCGAUGUAAUGUCAAGGUUCCGUCUAGUUGCCCCGCGUGUUUAGUUCUCAGGGGAGGAGUUUCGUGAGUGGACUCAAAAAAAAUUGCUUACAGCAACGGGCAAGUUGAAGUUGAAUUCGAUCUCCUACUAACUACUACAGCUGGGACCAGAAUGACAGUCAUUAUGCAAUCUAUUUUUCGGAAGAGAUUAAGGCAAUAUACGCAUGUUUGAACAGAUCUCAUGGGACCCAGUCGCUCGCUUCAUGCAGCGAGGGGGGUAUGGCUGUAACCAGAUUCUUGCUCCCGUCGCUGUUCUUGAUCGCAUCAACAGCAUGUGACAGUCGCACCAGUGAUUUUCUCUGCAUAUCGAAGGCAAGCCGUGCGAUGAACAAAGUUAAGAAUGAUUUGAGGGGGGAAAUGGUUAACUGCACUGACUUGAGGCCUUCUCUGAUUCGGUUAUCUCACACCAUGUGGGACAAAGCAACAUGGGAGAAGAUUCAGUUUCAAGACAGAAUGGCGGAAAUCCUGCAGUCUCUGAGUAAUCUGGUGCAGGAUGUGAAGGCUGCCAGGGGGCUCACGCAAUCUGGCUGUGGUUCCAUCCUAGAGAUAUUGGAAAAAAACGCCAUAAACUACCAGGUUAUACUGACUCAUCCCAGCAUUACUGUAAUGGUAGAACAACUACGUCCUAGGGAGGCCACAAGUCCACCCAUAAUCCAAAAGUACCCUUCUAAAGAGACUGGCGACCUUAAAGAGGUUCUGAACUACUUUCGCCAACUAUUACGCAUACUUGGAUGGCUCAUUAUAGAACUAAAUGUGAACUGUGGAACAGGAAACAAGCAGUGAAAUGUAGGGAAGGACCCACCGUACAAUGUUCUGGAGUUACUGCGCUCUCUGCUGGUCAGAACCUGAACUACAGUGACAGACCAUGGCACCUUUUGAGGCGCAGGGACAUUGCCGAUGGAGAGAAAUGGAUGCAAAUUCAUUCUCAAAUGUAUUAUGCACUACAAAAUUACAAAUGUAUUCUUAUGUGUAAAUGUAUGUGACAUGACCACUUUCAUGCCCCCUCCAAUGAGAUUACACUCCUCCAGGGCCUGGCUGAGACAGUCUAAGAUGCAGUGCCUAGUUCCUGGCUGUUUUUAUAUUUGCCUUUUUGAUGUUAAUAUUAUAUUUUGUAUUGUAUUCUGCUGAUACUAUAAGUAACUGUUGAACAUCAAGUGGGGAAAGACUGAUAAUAUUCAAUAUUGAAUUGAACAUAACAUAAAAAAACAGCGCAAUACGCAAAAACUAUGGUCUACAAUGAGAUGCGUAUAGGCCUGCGUAUAUCUUGAGCAAUACCACCUGCAUAAAAUACAUUUGCGGGAUUUUGACGUCUUCAGUGCUCUUUUCCUCUGUGCAGCCAUGCCAUAUAACAGAUUGUAGCCAGAGUUCAAUUCAAUUCAAUUCAAUUCAAUUCAAUUCAAUUUUAUUUAUAUAUAGCGCCAUAACAAUACAAUUGUCUCUAGGCGCUUUACAGAGCCCAGAGCCUGAACCUCCUCAGUGCAAGCAC